CAUAACAUAACAUAACGUUGUCAUUAACAACAACACACUCACACCACCACCUUUCAUUUGAAAUCCCUGUUCUUCCUCUUCACGAGGUUGCACGCCAACGAAGUAAGAAACGACACACCACUCUCUCUCUCUCUCUCUCUCUCUCUCUCUCUUAUAUACUCUCUCUACCUUGUGUGAACUUGCUUCAUUCAUUCCACUGCAUGAGACAAUGUCCACAGCACCACCACCAUCAAGAAGACCCAAAUGGCACCACCACCCACCUCCUCCUCCCACACCCAGAAUCCUUCACUUCCCUCGCCGCCCUCGCCGGAGACCCUCCUCCUCCGCCGCCCGAACGGACCUUAAAUGGAACAGGUUGGGAGCUUUGUUUGAUCGAGAGAAACGGGUACCUGAUCAUAAGAAUGUUCCGAUAGUGCUGUUGGACCAUGGUGGUGGUGAGGGGAGAAGGGAGAGAGUUGAGAGCAGCGAAUGCGGUGGUGGGUCGGCGUUGGAGGAAGAGAAGUGGAAGUUUCAGGCGGAGAUGUUGAGGGCAGAGUGUAACUUGUUGAGGAUGGAGAAGGAGAUUGCGGUCAAGAAGUUGGAGAGGACUCGUGCAAAGAUGGAGAGGAUUCUAAGAUCUGCAGUUCGCACCCUUGUUUCUGGAAGAAUAAAGAUUUGUGAAGGAAAGAAUAUUAAUAUGGUUUUGGAUGAAGAGAUUCAUGCCUUGACAGAGAAACUUCAGAAGUUGCAGAAGCGAUCGUUAGUUAAGGACUUUGAGACUAGGAACAGCAGAAACUUUGACAAACAAGUUUCUGUUCUGCAGAGACGACUGGAGAGGAUUGGAGGACCAUCAGAUGAGAUUUAUUUGAGAGAGUUUGAAGAGCUGGCAAAUGUGAGCUUGUCAAUUAAAACAAGUAGCAGAUUUGAUGAUAGCAUUGUUGCAAGUGGAAAACUAAAUGUGGAAAUUCUGAGAAGGAAAAUGGAGGGAUUGUCAAAGGGGAUAUUGUUACAGAGAAUGGAGGAAGAGUAUAAUUCUCUGUUGUCCACUGCUAAUAGUUCUGUUACCAGUUCUGCUUCAACUUCCAAGAGAGUUGAAUUUCAAGAUUCAUCUUCUUCAAUACGAGUACCUCAUCAGGAAAAGUUGUCUUAUGAAGGGAACCCGUGUUCCGGACAUUGCAAGUCAGUUGUACGAAGAAUCGUAGAGCAAGUUAGAACUGAGACUGAGCAAUGGUCCCAAAUGCAGGAGAUGCUUGGUCAGGUGAGGGAGGAGAUGGAGGAAUUGCAAGCUUCUAGGGAUUUUUGGGAAGAUCGGGCCCUGCAUUCCGAUUUUCAAAUCCAAUCCCUACACAAUUCUUUGCAAGAAUGGAGACAAAGAGCGCUUUCAUUUGAAAGUGAAAAGAAUGAGCUUAGAGCAAAACUGUCCAUGCUCAGUGGUGAUCUUGAAAGGUUAAGAAAGGAACAAAAUUCAGUUCAGGGGUCCAAAUGUUCAUCGAUUCCCUUGGACACACAGAAUGAGUUCGAGAAGCGUGUAGUGGUUUGUUGCUCAAAAGAGAACAAUAGCAUAGUUACAGAAAAUAGCAAGCAUAAUGAGGGUAUGAGGAAUGGGGAAAGAAAGGCACAUGCUGGUAGAGGUGGAUUCCAAGCUCCAAAACGAUCACCAUUCCAAGACAUUGGGAACUCAUCAUUGUUGAUGAAGCAGAAUGGUGGCAAAGCAAUUUUCCCUUUGCAUUGCCAUCUUUCUUCAAAUGUUGAGAAAUUUUACUCAUGACUCACUAACUCAGCACUUGAAUGCAGGAGAUGUCAGUUCUAACAUAAUCCGUGCUUAUUCUGACAUAACCAGGAGAAGAAGGUGCACAAUGAUUGGGGUUUAAUGCUUUAAGAUAUGUGGUUUGAAAUUUGUCAUGUAAUAUGUAGAAUGCCCAGAGGAAUAAGGCAAUGUGUUUUUGAAUUUCUGAUA